GAAUCGUAGUUGACAUUUGACUUGAAAACCAGAAAAGAAUAUGAAGAUACUGCUAACUGGCGCAUCGGGUUAUCUAGGUGGAAGGCUGUGCCACGCCCUGGUAAACCGCGGCUACACCGUCCGAGCCUUGGUCCGGCGCACCAGCGACCUCUCUGGCCUUCCUUCAUCUUUACCCACCAAUGGAGCUUCUCCGGAACUCGCGUACGGCGACGUCAUCGACUACCCAUCCCUCCUGGAUGCCUGCUCCGACUGCGACAUCAUCUUCCACACCGCUGCCCUCGUCGAACCCUGGCUUCCAGAUCACUCUAGAUUCUUCUCCGUCAACGUUGGUGGUCUGAAGAACCUGUUGCAAGCAGCUAAGGAGACGAAGACGAUUAAUAAGAUCAUUUACACGUCUUCGUUCUUCGCUGUUGGUCCUACCGAUGGAUAUAUCGCCGAUGAGAAUCAAAUUCACCCGGAGAAAGUUUUCUGCACGGAGUACGAGAAAUCAAAGGCCGCCGCUGAUAAGGUUGCUUUGCAAGCUAUAGCUGAGGGGAUGCCAAUUAUUCCGGUUUAUCCAGGUGUAAUUUAUGGCCCUGGCAAGCUUACCACAGGCAAUGUUGUUGCUCAGUUAUUAAUUGAGCGGUUUAAUUGGCGAUUACCUGGUUACAUAGGCCGUGGAAAUGAUAAGUUUUCUUUUAGUCAUGUUGAUGAUGUAGUAGAGGGCCAUAUUGCAGCCAUGGAGAAGGGUCGAAUAGGGGAUAGAUAUUUACUUACGGGAGAAAAUGUAUCAUUCAUGCAUGUUUUUGAUAUAGCUGCCAUUAUCACUGGAACUGCUAGGCCUAAAUUCAACAUUCCUUUAGGCUUGAUUGAAGUUUAUGGAUGGAUUUCUGUUCUUUUUGCCCGAAUUACAGGAAAGCUUCCUCUCAUUAGUCCCCCGCAGACUGUGCAUGUCUUAAGACAUCAAUGGGCUUAUACUUGUGACAAGGCUAAAAUGGAGUUGGAUUAUAGACCUAGAAGCUUGAAAGACGGGCUUGAAGAAAUGCUCCCCUGGUUGAAGAGCUUGGGUGUGAUAAAAUACUAAUUACUAAUAUGAAUUAUGAAGAUGUACUAAACUUGAUCUCAUUCUUAAGGCCAUUGAGAAGUAUUCGCUUAAAUGCUGAGAGGAACCUAUGUUGUUUAUUCUGUUUCAUGCUUGUUCAACUCCUGUUUGUAGCUUUAGCUGGUGAUGGCAGUAAUAAGAAACUGGUUGGCUUGUUUCUUUGUGUUCAAUGUUGAUGAAUAAGGAUAACUGUUGUACAAUGAUUAUGAUUCAGGAAUUCAUAAUGAAAUACUUGAAGUUCAUUUGUAUCAAA